GGUCGCCGCGUGGACGGGCUCGGCCGCUUUCGUGCCCGUGGAGGCCCAGCGCGCCGCUGCCGGCGCCGCCGUGGUUGCCGCGCUCCUGAGCCAGCAGGUGCAGCCUGCUCUCGCCAAGGACGUGCUGCUGACUGCGACCGCGGACCCGAGCGAACGGAUCGCGGCGCCGCUGAUCGACAACUCGAACCUGGUGAAGGGCGUGCCGUUCGCGGGGGAGAACGCCGCGCGGUACGCGCCCCAGACCACCCAGUCCGAGGACGAGCUGCUCUUCCGGGGCAACAACGGCAUCAACGUGCUCGAGUACGUGCGGGCGAAGAACGGCUGGGUGGGCCAGAUGCAGUUCGACUCUCCAGCGGAGGAGGAGACCGCGAACAAGCUCCUGGAGAGGCUGCGCUGAGCGGGCGGAGCGUCCCACGAGGCGGCGCAGGCCUGGGUAGCCGCGUCCGCUCCAUGGCCAGCGCCAACCUCCCCCGGCUCGCAGGAGUCUUAAGAAGGGGCCUGUCAGCGGGAGGAGGGUGGAAAAUAUUCACUGUCUUACGUCUCCCCGAUCAUAUGCUGGACCACCUUAAGGCGCCUGUGACCUCUGCCUUUGUCGCGCGGGACACGUGCAGUUUUUUUCAAAGCUCUGCGCGAGCGGACGGAAGAAA